AUGCAAACUGGGCCUCUGGGUCCAAGGUGGAAUAGAAUCACAGAGAAUGCUGAGAACUGUGAUGUUUGCUUUAACUGUUUUCUUCAAGGCAGCCUGAACCCAAAGAAAAAGUGGAAAACUGAAAACAGCUCGCCCUCCCUCACGUGGUUGUGGUCGGAAGUGCUUUCUGCAGGGAAGCCAGAGGUGACUGCACUCCGGCCACGUGCCGUCAGGACCGGCAACUGUUCUGGCCCCUCCAAAGAGGCGGGGGCUGUCACUGCGUCCAUCAGGGAUAUCUGGUCUGUGGCAGGGCUGGCCACAGGCCGUUGGCUGGUCAUCCUCUUGUGGGGUCUGGGCCAAUGUGUUUUGAGCGCCCCCUGGAGGCUGUGGGGGGUACGGGACACCUCUGCACGGAAGAGGGUGAGGAACAGCUGCCAGGCAAGGUGGCACCUCCCAGUCUGUCCUUACCCAAAGCAAUGCAUUUCCUCCAAGCCUGCCUCCAGCCUCCCGUUUCCCUCCCAGCCCAUCGGAGAUCUGUACUUAUAUUGA